UCCCUACACCAUGAUCCCCGCAGAUGAUCCACGCGCCGCCACCGUCAUGGAGUCAAAGAAACAUGAAAAACAAGAAGCCAAAUAAACGAAUCAGAAGGCCAACUGUGGUUGGCUGCAACCCAAUUACGACUUUCCCACAUUAAUAAAUCAAAUGGACUGUAUAAAUUAUCCCCACAUUGAACAGAUUUAAGUCACCAAGUUCCAAGUUGCAAACAUCCAACCACCACACUCUGAGACUCUCUGGGGUUCUCAAUAUUGGCACCAAAAUAUUUGGUCGCCCCGAUUGGAAUCAUUCAACUAAUUCCAGCAAUUACCCAAAAAAAAAAAAAAAAAAAAAAAAAAAAAGGAAAGAAAAUGGAAGUGAAAGCAAGAGCUCCUGGAAAAAUCAUACUCUCCGGUGAACAUGCUGUCGUUCAUGGAUCAACGGCGGUGGCUUCCUCCAUUGACCUCUACACCUACGUCUCUCUUCGCUUUCCCACUCCCUCUGAUAAUGAUGAUGCACUAAGACUCCAGCUCAAGGAUAUUGGAUUAGAGUUUUCAUGGCCUAUUGGUAGGAUAAAAGAAGUCCUAUCAGAAUUAGAUAUUCCCAACUCAUCAGUUCCAACCUCAUGUUCAACGGAGUUGAUUAAAUCACUUGCUGCUUUGGUUGAUGAACUGAAAAUUCCAGAGGCAAAAAUUGGACUUGGUGCUGGAGUGGUGGCUUUUCUUUGGCUAUAUGCAUCUAUCCAAGGAUUUAAGCCUGCUACUGUUGUUAUCACUUCAGAACUUCCGUUGGGCUCAGGCCUGGGAUCAUCUGCUGCAUUAUGCGUUGCACUCUCGGGUGCUCUUCUUUCUUUCUCAGAUUGUGUAAGUCUGGAUUUGGGCAACAAAGAGUGGACUACUUUUGGGGAAAGUGAACUUGAAUUGCUGAACAAAUGGGCUUUUGAAGGUGAGAAGAUCAUCCACGGAAAGCCGUCUGGAAUCGACAAUACAGUUAGCACAUACGGCAAUAUGAUCAAGUUCAGAUCAGGUAGUCUGACUCGCAUCAAAUCGAACAUGACACUCAAAAUGCUUAUUACCAACACAAAAGUUGGUAGGAAUACGAAGGCCUUAGUUGCUGGUGUUUCUGAGAGAACUUUAAGGCAUCCGGAGGCCAUGGCUUCUGUGUUUAAUGCAGUGGAUUCUAUCAGCACGGAAGUGGCUAACAUCAUCCAAUCGCCCGCCCCCGAUGAGCUCUCCAUUACUGAGAAGGAGGCGAAAAUAGAAGAGUUAAUGGAAAUGAAUCAAGGUUUGCUCCAAUGUAUGGGGGUCAGCCAUGCUUCAAUUGAAACCGUUCUUCGAACAACGCUGAAAUACAAGUUAGCUUCCAAGUUGACCGGAGCUGGGGGUGGAGGUUGUGUUCUCACACUACUGCCAACCUUGCUAUCAGGAACUGUUGUUGAUAAAGUAACUGCUGAACUGGAGUCUUGUGGAUUCCAUUGUUUGACGGCCGCCAUUGGUGGAAACGGAGUCGAAAUUCGCUUCGCCGGUCCGUUGUAACCUUCCCUCCGAAGUGCUGAGUGUAAGAUCUUAAACCUCCAUUGCUGACUGGUAGGACUCGAGCUCUAUCUGCUGUUUGUAAAUUAUUUUCUUGUAUUCUGAAUUUUUAUCCGAUAAAUUUUCGUCUUCCAAUUUCUUGGCGAAAAUAAUUGAAAAAAUGGCAAUCUGUGCUAGUUCUUGUAACUUCUUGCAACUUCUCGUCACUCGCAGAUUUCUUGUGGCGUAAACAAGAUUGUUGCUAUGGAAUUAUUUUUAUCUUAAUCCUCUUAAAUCA